AUGGAGCUCUGCUGUGCCGGGAGGACCCAGGUACUGUGCCGGGAGGACCGGUGGCCCCGGAGGGCCUCGGGACCAGACGUGGGUCCCCCAUCGCCCCUGCAUACCCAGAGGCCCCAGGGCGGCGAGGCCAUGAAAACCGAGGGGCCCCCUGUCGCCCCCCGCUUCCCUGUGCCCCAGGGCCCAGAGGGCUUACAGUUGGGGGCUGAGACCUGGGAAUUUGCAUUCCUAACAGGUUCCCCAGUGAGGCAGCUGCUGCUGGUCCAAGGACCACCUUUGAAAGCCACUGCCCAUACAGUCCUCAGCUACUCAGUAGCCUCAGGUGUGAAAUGGACAGAAUACAGCCUGAGUCUCAGGGUGUCAUUGGGGACAGAUGGGAGGGAAAAGAGGUCUGCUGGAGUGAAGAACUGGCUGAAAGGUCGUGACCCCUCUGUUUCCCCUCCUGCCAACCCUUGCUCUGCCGCAGGCCUAGAUGAUUCCCUGCAGGACUAUCCCUUUGAAGACUGGGAGCUGCCUGGCAAGUACCUGCUCCAGCUCUGUCCCCGCAGCCUUGAGGCUCUGACCGUGUCACCUCUGGGACAUCAGGAGCUCAUUCUGGAUGGGGUGGAACAGCUCCGGGCCCUGAGCUCUGGGCUGCUGACAGAGAACCUGCAGACCCUGACAGAGCGGCUGCUGGAGGGGACCCAGGCCCUCCAGAGCUUAGUCCAAGGCCGCCUGGGGGACUGUGCUGAGACCCCUGCGGAUGUGCUCAGCGCAGCUGUGGAGCUGGUGCGUGACGCCCGUGUGCUCCUCUUCUGGCUCAACAGGUACCUCUUCUCCCACUUAAAUGACUUCUCGGCCUGCCAGGAGAUCGGGGCCUUGUGCGGGGAGCUGAGCCAGGUCUUGCAGGAGGACUUCCCAGAGGCCGAGAAGGAAAGGAGAGUCCUGAGGAUCUGCAGCCAAGUGGCCGAGAUCUGCCGCAGCAUCCUGAGCUGCAGCCCAGAAGAGCUGCUGGAGCAGAGGGCUGUGCUGGAGCAGGUGCAGCUGGAAGAGCCUUCGGGCGUGGAAAUCUACACCACCAGUAACUGCUUACACUUUGUGUCCCGAGUGUGCGCCCAGGUCCCCACUGACUCCUGCCGGCAGGUCCUGCCUGGAGAUGAGGUUGUUCAGAUCAACGAGCAGGUGGUGGUGGGCUGGCCCCACAAGAACAUGCUGAGGGAGCUGCUACGGGAGCCAGCCGGGGUCAGCUUAGUGCUGAAGAAGAUCCCUGUGCCGGAGACACCCCCCCAGACGCCUUUGGACUCCCCACACCUGAGAAGCCAGUCGCUGGCUCUGGCCCCACUGUCUCCCAGAGCCCCAUCUGAAGACGUCUUUGCCUUUGACCUGACUUCAGACCCAAGUCCGGAGCCCACCACUGCCUGGACAGAUUCUACCUCCCUUGACCCUGAGCCCCUGCCCAGCCCCCCUGCACUCCCAGCAGGAAUAGCAGAGACCCCAGGCCCCUCGGGACACCCUGACAAGAGUCCUGUCCUUGGUCGGAAGAAAUCAAAAGGGGUGGCGACGAGGCUGAGCCGCCGGCGGGUGUCCUGCCGGGAGCUGGGCCAGCCAGACUGUGAUGGCUGGCUCCUGCUGCGCAAGGCCCCUGGCGGCUUCAUGGGUCCACGCUGGCGCCGCUGCUGGUUUGUGCUUAAGGGACACAUGCUCUACUGGUACCAGCAGCCCCAGGUGAGACACCACACACACCGGCAUAGAACUCCUGACACCUGUUUGUUCCUCCACAGGUGGGUUCGCCAUCUCAUUACCUGCAUUUCCAAGUAUCAGUCCCCAGGCAGGGCCCCCUCAGCCCGAGAGGAAGACUGCUACAGUGAGACAGAAGCAGAAGACCCUGAUGACGAGACUGCGUCCCGCUCAGCCUCGCCCAGCCCAUCUCAAACUGGGAGUCCACUCCAUGGAGACAUAUCACCUGCGGCCUCCCCGACGCAGCGCAGCCCCAGGACCUCCCUGGGCCCUCCAGCAGACAGCAGUGAAGGGGCACUGGAAGGAAUGGUACGGGGACUAAGGCAGGGUGGCGUGUCCCUGCUGGGACAGCCACAGCCCCUGACCCAUGAGCAGUGGCGGAGCUCUUUCAUGCGGCGCAACCGAGACCCCCACCUCAAUGAGCGAGUGCACCGUGUGCGGGCUCUACAGAGCACACUCAAGGCAAAACUGCAGGAACUGCAGGCCCUGGAGGAGGUGCUGAGUGACCCCGAGCUGACGGGAGAGAAAUUCCGCCGGUGGAAGGAGAAGAACCAGGAGCUGUACUCAGAGGGCCUGGGGGCCUGGGGGUUGGUGCAGGCUGAGAGCAGCCCCCAAGCUCUGACCUCUGACUCCAGAGCACAGUCCCCCCAACCCCUGUCCUCGGACCCUGAGGAGCCCUCCCAUCUUUGCUCCUUGACCCAGGGAGCAGCCUCUGACCUCCUGACCUCUGACCCUGGCCAGAACCCCAGCUCCUAACCUUUGGCCCUCAGGACCACCUCACCCCUACUGCUGACAUGUCGACAGAGCUUUCUGGGUUCUUUUCAAGGCUAGAAGCAGUGCUAGGCAUGGUCUCUCGCCAAGCUGACCCCUCUGCCUAGGCCUCCACCAUUUCUGCUCCUGUCUCCCCUGAGUCGGGGGAAGUGAGCUUUAUGUCACCUCCUCCCUUCAAAGAAGAAACUCUCCUCCAUAUUCAGGCCUGAGGGGCACAGUCUACCCGACCCCUUUCCCUCAGCAGGGCACCCUUCCUGAUGCCAGGUCUGGAUGAGUGUUUAUUUUACAUAAGAGACACUUUUCCAACCAAAUAAAGUUAAUUUCUUGAAAAUGAA